AUGUCUCCGCCCGAGACUUCUGAGAAAAUCGAGGCCGUUUCCCAGAGUGCAACCUCCAAGGCUGUAAGCACGGGAAUUGACGAGCAUCCUGUACCCGGAAAAGAGCAUCUGCAUCUUGUCGAACGAACUGGUAAUGAGGACGGCCUGGUGGAGUACGAUGAUUCCGAUUCAAUCUCCGGGUUCAAUGCGACCCUCAUGGGGGCGCGCGUAAUCCUAAGUAAUGUUGAGGAGAAGAAGUUGCUUCGCAGAAUUGACUGGCGAUUGAUUCCGCUCCUGUCGUUGAUGUAUAUGCUCAAAAGUGUUGACUUUACGAAUGUUUCCAACGCCCGUGUCAUGGAUAAAGGAACGUCGCAUAAUAUCAUUACUGAACUUCAUAUGACGGCCAACGAGUACAAUCUCGUGACUACUAUGUACUAUAUUCCUUACAUCUUAGCGGAGGCGCCGUCCAAUUUACUCCUCAAGAAAUUCCGACCUUCUGUCUGGCUAGCUCGAAUAAUGACUACCUGGGGAAUCGUUUUGUGCUGUCAUGCAGCAGUCACCAACAAACAAGGUCUCUAUGCAGUCCGCUUUUUUCUCGGUCUGCUCGAGGCCGGUCUAUGGCCUGGAAUACUGCUUAUGUUAUGUUACUGGUAUCGACCCGACGAAUUGGCUCCCCGAAUUGUCCUUGUGACGAUGCUGGGAAAUUUCAGCGCUGUGAUUAGUGGUGUUCUUGCUUUUGCUUUCAACGGCGUUACAGCUGGAGGUCUAUCUGGCUGGAAAUGGCUCAUUCUUACCGAGGGUAUUAUAACCAUUCUUCUAGGGAUCGCGACAUAUUUCUUUCUUCCUGAUUUUCCUGCCACGGCUUCAUGGCUUUCUGAUCGAGAAAAGAGCUUCGUGCAAGCACGACUACCCAGCAACGCGCCUCGUGCCGCGGAGUCCAAUUUCGAUCUGAAAGAGCUCAUCACCACCUUAAAGAACAAGCGAGUGUGGCUUUUCUUGCUCUGUUGGGCAUUUUACACUGUUGGAACGACAGGACUCAGCUUUUACCAACCAACUGUCAUUGCAGAACUGGGAUUCACUUCCCUUGCACGAACGCAGCUUCUAAACAUCCCGCCUGCGGUCCUCGCUGUGAUCUUAACUAUCAUUUUUGGUAUCAUAGCGGAUACCGGCAGGAUUCCACAGCCAGCGAUUCCCUUGGGCUUCAUGAUUGUGAUUCUAGCUUGUUAUGCAGUCCUGUACACAUUCCCAAGUUCUGGAGGUGUAUAUGCUGCCACGGUUAUUGCAGGUGGUUUCUCGACAGCCUGGUAUAUCUUGAUGUGGCCGUGGCGUGUUCAAUCAACCGAAGGUGCCACUGGGUCUGCCUUCGCCAUCGCUUUUGCAAAUAGUUACGGUCAAAUCGGCGGCGCGGUCGGGUCUCAGCUUUUCAACUCGCGAUACGCGCCACAUUAUACAACUUCAUUUGGCAUUGCAAUGGGAUUUAUAGGAUUGGCCAUAGUUAUGAACCUGAUUACCUGGACUUUCACUUGGCGCGUCGAUGUAGAUACGCGCAGACUCAAGAGAUUAAGGAUCGCCGCAGCAAAAGAAAAUAAGGCAAUCCUGGACGAUGUUGAUAUUCACAGGGGAGAACGGAAGGAAGAAUGA